AUGCAAAUUUUUGUGAAGACUCUCACCGGCAAGACCAUCACGCUCGAGGUCGAGCCCAGUGACACUAUCGAAAACGUUAAGGCCAAGAUCCAGGACAAGGAGGGCAUCCCCCCGGACCAGCAGCGUCUGAUCUUUGCUGGCAAGCAGCUCGAGGACGGCCGCACCCUCUCCGACUACAACAUCCAGAAGGAGAGCACCCUCCACCUGGUGCUCCGCCUGCGUGGUGGUAUGCAGAUUUUCGUCAAGACGCUCACCGGCAAAACCAUUACGUUGGAAGUUGAGCCCAGUGACACUAUCGAAAAUGUUAAGGCCAAGAUCCAGGACAAGGAGGGCAUCCCCCCGGACCAGCAGCGUCUGAUUUUCGCCGGCAAGCAGCUCGAGGACGGCCGCACCCUCUCCGACUACAACAUCCAGAAGGAGAGCACCCUCCACCUGGUGCUCCGCCUGCGUGGUGGCGAAGCCUUCUAA